AUGUCUUAUUCAAAUAUUUUUAAAGUUACGUUAACUCUUUAUUCGCUAAUGGGGACAUUGCAGGCUCUUCCGUGUGCUAAUCCUUUACAAAAGAUGGUCAUCGAAAUCCGAUCGCCGUUUACCGAAGGACUCACCCAUCUCGAGAAUUUGUUUGACAUGGUUAUGAAUUGCGAUGACGAUGCUGGUGCUGGUGGCCAUCAAAACACGGAAAAGCCAAUCGUCGCCUACGCACCGAUGCAGAGAGCCAUUCGUUGGACGUUCGACUCUAUGAGCGACUCGGAGCUCUUGACACAAAAACAUUUGAAACGAUACGAGACAAAAGUCUUGGCUCUGGCGGAGGAUAUUGCCGACAAAGAGAAACGAAUCGUCAAGGAGAAAAUGUCAUUGGAGAGUUUGAAAAUCGAGCUGUCCGACCGAAAGAAGCGAAUUGAAAUCCUUCGUAAAGAAGUUUCGAAUGUUGAAGCGAAACUUGGACAAUCCGAAGACAGAGCCCGACGGGCCCGAAACGAAGUCUCUAGACGGAAGAGAAAUAGGAUCGGAUUGAUAUUUGCAACCAUUUUUACAUUUGGACUGGCAUCUCCUGCUCUCGCCAUCAACGAAGGAGAAUUGCAAAAGGCUGAAAGAGACCGUGACGCUCAUCAGAGUAACGCCAACGAGCGUCGUCAAACGUUAGUCAAAUUCGAAAGCAAUUUACGUGAUAUUUCACUCCGCCAACGGGUCACGGAGCAGUCAAUCGUGGGGACGGAAGCCAGUCUCACCUCGGUUCGAUUUGUCCUCGAUAAAUUGAAGAGCAAAGACCCGGCCAUGAGGGGAUUUGGGGAUAAGAUUCGGAACAUCACAACCUAUCUCACUGUUUUUCAGGGACAGGUGGAAGUGAUUUAUUCCCAGCAAAAAUUAUUGAUCCUCUUUGAGCCGCUUCUGAAAUCAAUCGACGACCUUGUCUUGUUUUUGGAAUCCAACGAUGAGACAACGUCUCUGUUGGCUGAAAAGAAUAUCGUUGAUAAAAUACGGAAAUACAUGAAGAAGAAUUGA